AUGGUGACGGUGGUAUUUUUUGAGGGUGAUCACGAUGAUGCCCGUACCGUGAUGGUGGGUAAGCUGAUUACGGCGGAUGUUUCGUCAGUGAUCACCGCAAAGCUGGAAGAGCUCCGUGGGAAGGUGAGCGCGGACAACCUGUUCUCCCCCUCGGGUGCCAACGGCCAGGCCUUCGAGGACAUCUUCAAUGAAGCCUCACUCUACUUCAACGAGGUUUGCCUCACCGGUUGUGCUGCCGAUUUCAGCUUGGUGAACGGCAGCGCUGACGCUCGCGAGUAUGUCUACGACAUGACGCCUGACAAUCCUCUCAAGAACGCUUUUGACACGUUAAAGAACUACAGCGGCAGCAGGGCUGAGAUCACUGCAAUCCAGAGUGUCAUCAGCAACGAUUUCAAGUUCCAAGCGCUCCCUACCUCCGUGUGCCCCUACUCGGCCAAGCGCUGCGUUCCGAUGCCGGGCGUGGCGUUCACGGAGAUCACCGAGGGCUCUGCGUACUGUACUUUCGCCAUGACCGCGGAUGUCGUGAAUGCUCUGGGCUCUGCCAUGACGGACACCAUGGAAGCUCUAGGCGUUGCAGAUGUCGCUGCCAGCUUGUCAGACACUGUCGGCACAUGGGUCGGUGACUUCCAGACCUCUAUCGAUGCCUUCCUCAUUACGCUUCUCGCCUCCUUCCUGGUCGGCUUCAUCUACAUGGUGGCACUCCGCUUCCUUGUCGGCUGCUGCGUGUGGAUUUCCGUCUUCCUGUUCUUCUUGGUGCUGGUGUUUGGUGGUGCCUUCUCCUUCAUCAAGUCAUCGCAGUGCUCAGGAGUCGGAAUCUUCGAGACGGGCCAGACCAUGGUGGUGGGUGCCCUUACCACGGCCGCAGUGCUGAUUGAAAACACCGUCAGCCAGACAACCCCAGCUUCCGAAGAGCUUUCGGGCUUGUAUGGCUCCAACUACACAGGCGUGCAGCGGUACAGCAAGAUGGGCAACCUGUGCUACAAUUGGGGAUCGGCAACGGUGACGAUUGAGAAGCCCACAACUUCCGAGUAUGAGCCACACAUUUUCACCAUCUUCCGUACCGCCAAGAGCUCAGUAAGCCUCAGCUUCAUUGCCAGGGAUGCCACUGGCAAGGUGGUCACCGACCAGUCCAAUGGAAUCACAUUGCAUGCCGGUACAUACCGGCGGCUGUCUGGCUUGACCGGCUCAGAAGACACGAACGCCUCCGCCAGAGAGCUCUGGGGCAUGCGGCGCCGCAUGUCCUCCGGCUCCCGUCGUCGCACCGGAAGCAGUGGUGGAGGUGGUGGUAUCAACCUGAACCCCACCACCUGGUUCUCUCCCCGGCGCCGGAUCUCAACACCUACCUACCCCGCUGCAUCUACCGGAUUUGGGAGCCCCCGCCGUCGCAUUGCGGCAGUGCCUGCGGCCGCCGCCGGUGCCGGUGCCGCAGGCGCCGCAGGCGCCUAUGGCAGCCCACGCCGCCGGGGCACCAUGGCUCCAGCGCCAGGAGGGGCCGGAUACGGAUUUAGCGAUCGGCGUCGAAGCUCUGUCAGCGCUGCGAGCGGCUAUGGGUACAGCAGCGUCCGCAGGCGCCGUACGAUCAUCGCUGGGGGUAGCUCCAGCGGCUACAGCAAUCCCUACAGCAGCUCUUACAUGGGCUCCUACGGCUAUCCGAGCACGGGCUACGCCAUGUCAGCUUUUGGAGGCCAUACGCCACUGAGCACCUCUUACGGAUACUCUGGCAUGAACGCGUACCAGGGUAACUCGGGCUAUACCAUCGCAAUGGCCGGUGGAGCGGGAUUGCUUGCCGGAUAUGUCGGCAGUCAGCUGAUGCAUCCGUACUACCACCACCAUGGAUAUUCCUGGGGCGGAUACAAUCGCCAGGAUAUCUAUGGAAUGCCAUGUACAUCUGGGACCUGGUCGGGCUCCUGCAGCUCUUGUGUGAGUCUUUAUGGCGGUUCCUCCUGCAAUGUGAUGAUGACGCCAAAGAUCGACGCCGCGAGGGACGACCUCAUGAACACGGGCUUCGCACCUUCGCAGGUGGCCUGGCCCAUCACCGUCACAAUCACGCACCUCUCCGGGCCGGACUUCAGCCCCUCCCUGAUCUGCCCCCCGCAGAAUGGAACGGGAGACUGGCAGCCUCCGGCGAUGAAGCAGCUGUUCUUGACGCUGACGGCCUUGGGCGAGAGAACAGGUGCGGACGCAUAUGUUGGUGGCCAUUCGGAGGAGCCUCCACUUGUGCCGCGACCUGCAGCCUCGAGGUAG